AUGCAGAGUCGCCGAUCGUCGCGUGCACUGCGCGUCGUGCGGCUGCGAGAAUCUCCGUCCGAGGACGUUGUUCCAAUGAGAGCUGGUCGGGGACAAUCGCGGGUGCUGCGCGUCAUCCCUCACAACCCAAGGCCUUCGUCUCGGCAACUUAUACGCGUCAUCGAAGAUUCGCCGUCAGAGUCCUCCGUGCACGCCGUGCACAUGGUGCAGAAGAAGGCUUCGAAGCAAGCCUCGCAGGUGCUUGCCUGUGUCUCCGGCGAGAGCGCGGAGCGGUCGUCGUCCUCCGAGACAGAGCGGACCGUCCGCAUCUACCGACGGCAGUCCGAGCCUGCACCCCAAGUUAGUGUGAUCACCGAAGGAGAAGUUUCUACAAGUGAGGAAGAAAAACGCGUGUACCUGGUCAAGAGAGCCGAGUCCGUCAGUGAUACGCAGAUAAGAAUCACCGGAGAAGAGCAGCAGUCGGCUACUCAGGCCGUCAUCGUGCGCCAAGAUUCACCGCCACCAGUGAAGCUGAAGGUAUUCAAGGACGCCGGGUCUCCUCAACAGACAUUCCACGUGCACCAAAAAGAACCCCCGCCUCCGCCCAGACUAACCUCACCUCCAGAGCCAGCUCAGCUGCACCUUAUCCGGGAACCUGCAGAACCUCCGCAAACCUUCCACGUUCACCAAAAGGAGCCUUCGGGGCCUCCGCAGCUGCACCUUAUAAAAGAACCGCCGGGACCACCUCAGACGUUCCAUAUCCACCAAAAGGAACCGGCCAGCCCUCCGCAGCUCCACCUGAUUCGUGAACCUGCGGGGCCAGCACAGACGUUUCAUAUCCACCAGAAGGAACCUGCACCACCGCCACAAAUCCACGUCAUCAAGCAGCCGUGUGCUCCGUCGAUGCCCGUGCACAUAAUACAGAGGGAGCCAGCGCCACCACCCCAGAUCCACAUCAUCAGGCAGCCUGCACCGCCGCCCCAGACGUUCCACGUAAUUCAGAAGGAGCCAGCCCCUCCUCCGCAACUGCACAUCGUCAAGCAGGCCGCGCCGGUGCCGCCCCCUGUACACGUCGUGCAAAAGGAACCCGCGCCACCGCCGCAGUUGCACCUCGUCAAGGAACCACCUCCGCCAGCGCAAACAUUCCACGUGCGUCAGAAAGAACCGGCUCCGCCCGCUCAGCUGCACGUCAUCAAGGAGCCCGCAGGGCCUCCUCAGACCUUCCACGUGCGCCAAAAAGAGCCCGCGCCUCCUCCUGAGCUGCACCUCAUCAAGGAACCCGCUGGGCCCCCUCAGACAUUUCACGUACACCAACAAGAACCGACGCCGCCUCCCGAGCUGCAUGUCAUCAAGGAACCUGCGCCUCCGCCGCAAACAGUCCACGUGCAUCAGCAGGAGCCCGCACCUCCUCCCACUGUUCAGGUUAUCAAGGAACCAGCCCCGCCACCUCAGACCAUCCACGUGCACGAGAAGGCACCAGCACCACCUCCUGAGGUGCACAUCAUCAAGGAACCAGAUUCAACCCAACAGACAAUCCACGUGCACGAGCAAGAAGCUCCGCCCACCGAAGUGCACGUCAUCAAGGAAGCGGCUCCAGCAACUCAAACAAUUCACGUGCACCAGAUGGAGUCGGCAGCUGCACCGCAAGUGCGCUCGGUGAAGUCGCUACGAUUGCCCAUCCAAACUGUCCGCGGGCACCAUGACGACGUGUGGGACUCCCCGCAGACCAUUCACGUGCGCCAGCAGGAAAGGCGGAGCUCUGUACGCACCAUUGAGUUGCAGCAGCCGGAGGAACAGCAGUCCCCGGCCCAUGUGCGCGUCCUCCGAAGCACGCCGCAGUCGCCGAAACAGUUGGUGCGCCUUCGUCGC